CUUACCUCAAUUUGUUUCUCAACCUUGCUCUCGUUAUUCGGCAAAUUUUGGAGCAGCAAUUAGAUCCAAUUAUGCAAUAAUUGCAGUUAUGCAGCAAAUCUAUCCUUUAUGCGGUUUUAUGUCUCGGGAUCCA